AUGAAUCAACAGCGUGAAUAUCAUUUGGAUUCACAUUUGGGCCAGGCCCGUCCUCUUCGACCAGGCCCGCCCUCUUCGCCCAGGCCCGCCCUCUUCGCCUCAGGCCCGCCCUCUUCGGCUCGGGAUAUCGCCCUUGCCGGCCGUUGUGGAUUUUCUGCAAGUCUGCACGACCCGACCCAUAAAAGGGGGGCGACGGAAGUCCCGCAUCCAUCCGCUUCUCAGUGCGAACACGGACUCAGUCUUCCGACGAUGAACUGCUUCCCUCAGGUGGUUCGGACGACGACGCUGCUGCUGCUCCUCGUCGCCUCGACGGCUGGCUCCAAGAGACAAUACUACAGUCCCUAUGGAGGGUAUGGAGGAUACCCCGGAGGGAUUGGAGGGUACACAGGAGGGAUUGGAGGAUACCCAGGAGGGAUUGGAGGAUACCCAGGAGGGUAUGGAGGGUACACAGGAGGGUAUGGAGGAUAUCCAGGAGGGAUUGGAGGGUUCAGAGGAGGGUAUGGAGGAUACCCAGGAGGGUAUGGAGGGUUCACAGGAGGAUAUGGAAGAUACCCGGGAGGAUUCGGAGGGUACCGCGGGGGAUACCCGAGCCUGCUGGGGAUCAUCAACCGGGCCCUUCUCAGGGCCCUCACCCGAUACCCGCUUUUCUGA